AUGGCCAAGGUUCCCCGCAAUUUCCGUCUGCUCGAGGAGCUCGAGAAAGGCGAAAAGGGCAUCGGCGAUGGCUCCUGCUCCUAUGGUCUCGAGGACGGGGACGAUAUUAUGAUGAGCCAUUGGAACGGCACGAUUAUCGGGCCAGGACAUACUGUGCAUGAGAACCGCAUCUACAGUCUUAAGAUCACUUGCGGCGACAGCUACCCCGACCAACCUCCCAUCAUCCAGUUCAUUUCCCGUGUCAAUCUCCCGUUCGUGAGCCAAACGGACGGUAAGGUUGACCCUUCCAAGCUGCCCGUCCUCGCGCAUUGGCACCGAAACUAUAGCUUGGAGACUUUACUGGUUGAGAUUAGAAAGGAGAUGGCUUCGUUCAACAAUCGCAAGCUUCCCCAGCCCCCAGAGGGCAGCACUUUCUGA